UGUCACAGAUUAUUUGAGCGACGUAAUCAGAGUUAUGUCGUCAUUUGAAGAAAAUACUAACAUUAAGUAUUAACCGGUCAGUGUGGUGUUUAACUGACUGUGCUAGCCGACCGUGAAGCUAAUGUAGCAACCUGCUGAAGUUAAGUUCGAUGCUAGCCAGCACAAGCGGAGGAGCGCGUUCAUUUGCGAUAAUUCGCCGAAGAUUUCAAACUUGAGGCCACAGUCUUCCCCACCCAAGAGUUCUUCCUCAACUCAUAGACUAAAUGCAACUGAACCAGGGGGCUUGUUGGCAUGAAGUGGCUGGGCGAAUCCAAGAACAUGGUAUUAAAUGGCAGACGACACAGAAACAAGGUGACCCGCGAGCAACCAGUGAGCCAGAGCCAGACCCGCUCCCAGCAUUCACAACGAAUGUCCUUGCGUCAAAAUAAAGCACACCCCAGAAAUCGAAGAUGUAGCCACAGGUUUAAUGCAACUAAUCUAGAGGGAGAAAGGCGCUACGUGCCCUCAUCAGGAAUGACUGCCAAGGAGUUGUGUGAGAAUGAUGAUCUGACAACAAGCCUCAUCCUGGAUCCUUACCUGGGCUUUCAGACACAUAAAAUGAACACCAGAUUUCGACCAGUGAAGGGGCGACAAGAGGAGCUGAAAGAAAUCAUUGAAAGCUUCAAGAAACAUGACAACUUGGAAAAAGCUUUCAGAGCUUUGACAACAGGAGACUGGUCCCGGAAUCUUUUUCUCCAUAAGACAAAAGCCCAAGAAAAGCUCUUCAAGCAACAUGUGUUUGUAUAUCUGCGAAUGUUUGCCACCGACAGCGGCUUUGAGAUUCUUCCCUGCAAUCGCUAUUCAUCUGAGCAAAAUGGAGCUAAAAUUGUGGCAACAAAGGAAUGGAAAAGAAAUGAUAAGAUUGAGUACCUUGUGGGCUGCAUUGCUGAGUUGUCGGAGAUUGAGGAGAAACUGCUACUCCGACAUGGCGAGAAUGACUUCAGUGUCAUGUAUUCAACCCGGAAGAACUGUGCACAGCUCUGGUUGGGCCCAGCUGCCUUCAUCAAUCAUGAUUGUCGUCCAAAUUGUAAGUUUGUAUCGACAGGGCGCGACACCGCCUGUGUGAAGGUGUUGAGGGACAUUGAACCCGGAGAGGAAAUCUCAUGUUACUAUGGAGAUGGUUUUUUUGGGGAAAACAAUGAGUUUUGUGAAUGCUACACAUGUGAACGAAGGGGAACUGGUGCUUUCAAAUCCAAAGCUGGAUUGCCGGUGGAAGUGCCAGUGAUCAACAGCAAGUAUGGGCUGCGGGAAACAGACAAGCGUCUGAACAGACUGAAGAAGCUCGGGGAAGGAAACAGAAGCUCAGACAGUCACUCUGUAGGCUCACACACUGACGUAGACUCUCAGGAAAUGCCAAAAACGCAUCAAUCUGCCAGAAAAAGAACAUCAUCAUCAUCAUCAUCUGGCCUAAAGUACAAAAACAGGACUCAAACAAGACAGACUUUGUCCAGAGCCCUUACUACCUCAUGUUCAAAACAAGGUCGUGUAAACAACAGGGUACCAAAGAGACUAAAAUCCCAACCCAAGCCGUCACUCAGUAAAGUCCAGUUGCGAUGUCGCAGGAGGGCUGUAGAGCCCAAGGUGUGGGUCAAAGGAGAAACUUGCCAGCUGGGUCUCAGGGACUCAAAGGUGUCACUGUGUAAAGGUGUCACUGUCAAAAAGGAGAAGGGUGGACAGGAGGUGGUGCAGCAGAUGCCCAGCCAGCGGGGCUGCCUCACCCGUCAUGCUGCCAAGGAAAACGGAAAUCUACCAGCUGUUCAAAGCAGUGAGGGUAGCCAGUGUUCAACAUACAGAACUCGCAGGACCACAAGGACCCUCACAAAAGCCCAAGAAAUGGCAGCUGGUGUUAAGCUAGAGCCCAGCGCUAUGGAUGGCUUGAGUCCUGUCCCUGGUGGAGUGGUCAUUAAAACAGAGCCUGCUGACAUGGAGGAGUAUCUUCACCAUGGAGUGGGACUGGAGCAGCCGGUGUUGGACUCUGGCUGUGACAGGAGAGGCUCCUGCACCAGGCGGAAACGGCCGACACGGCUCAGGACCGAGCAGGCAAUUAAAUGCGAGAAAUCUUAUGGCGAGCCGUUCAUACCUGUGGCUGCCGGCCACGCCACUAAUUACUCAGACUGUGGGAACAUGCUUUUGAGCUUUGCAGAACGACAUAGAGACUAUAACAGGGUUGCCAAUGGCAGCAAGUCCCUCCGCAGGGACAAGGGUAAGAGUAGCUGUCGGUCACAAGAAAAAGGGAAGAAGAAACGCCAGAUCACAAGGUAUGAUGCGCAGCUGAUCCUGGAGAACAACACAGGCAUCCCCAAGCUCACGCUACGCCGGCGGAGGGACAGCAGCAGCAGUAAGACCAACGAUCCCAUUGUCUCAUCCAACCACUCUGCCUCUACGGUCAACCCCGCAACUUCCAGCAAAAUUAGCAUCAAGUUCAGCAAGGACCAUGAUAAGGACAAAGGCAGCUCAUACAUAGCCAAGCUGAACAAUGGCUUUGCUCCUGUUCACAGUAACUCUACCAAACUGAAGAUCCAGCUGAAGAGAGACGAUGAUGCUCGUCGAAUAUCCCACAGCAGGGCAGAGCAGAUGUCCUAUAACAGGGACAUGGCUCAGAGCAUGGAGGCCAGGAAUGGUGGACAUCGGACCCAAAAGGUCUUAGCAGACCCUUCAUCCGACGAGGAUGACGAGGAAGAGGAGGAUGACGAUGAUUACUUUGACAAUGAGUUUGAAGACGAUUUCAUUCCACUCCCUCCUGCAAAGCGGCUCCGACUCAUCGUGGGCAAAGACUCGAUAGACAUUGAUAUCUCCUCCAGGAGGAGAGAAGAUCAGUCUCUGAGGCUCAAUGCAUAAGCUGUGGAGCAGGUGGCUUCACCUCUCCCUGUAAAUAAAGACAAAAUGCUGAUCAACUGUUGUGUUGAUGUAAAAGAAGUACAGUAAUUUAAAAACAAGAGAAUUGCUGAAAAAUCAAGAAUCUGAAUUUCUGGCUCUGUUAACCUAAAACAAAAUCUCUGUUCUCCACUUCAGAUGUCUUCAUUAUGUGUCAUUUUAGUUCUUAGCUUGACAAAUUACUUUGAGUAAGCAAAGUACUUCUCACUAUGCUAAAAGUAAAAUCCACCAAAUUCCCAUUUUUUUCCGUCUUUGGUUCGAAGUGAACAAUGAGAAUUUGUUUUAAGGUCAACUUUUCGUUUAAGUGAAUGCACUUGUUUUCAUAAUGGACAUGGAUCAUGUAGAAAGUGUACAGUACGGUGACUAUCCCCUCUGUCUCAUAGGCAGGUUUUUAUUGAAGUUUUUAUUUUUGUCUCUGUGAUUUUUCGUAUCAAACCGUGCAGAACACACACACACACACACACACACUGUCAUUGAUCUAUCUGGAGGCAUUAAUAGGUCAGUUCAUUUGGAGUCCAGGUGCCCUGUUCCCAUUAUCCCCCACAUUAGUAAUCAUUCACUGUAUUAGUUGAAUUAAUUAAUUUAAUGUGCACAUAGAAAGCCUUGUAAAAACAGAAUCUAUUAAGUUUUAUAUUGUGGACCAGCAUUAUGUUUAUGUUCCAGGUCACUGGCAAAACUCACAUUAAAGAGGGAAAUAAUCCAGAUGUAAAUAGUUUACCUACAUAAUUCAAAUAAACAAAGCACACAAGGUUUUCUAAUCAAUUAUGAUCAGAUAUGGACCGUAUACAGACCUUAGUUUUGUUUUUUGGGGGGUAUAAUGGUAACUUGGCACAUAAUCCACAUCCUACAUGCUUUUUCAAAUCUCAAAAAUAAUUUACAGAAAGACUGGACAAUGUCCCUCAUGUCAACUCAAGUUCCAAGAUCAGUGGUUUCAGCUUUUCAGUUGAAAUAAAAAUGUGUCAAAAGUCUUUGUUUUCAGCUUCAAAUGUGAAUAAGAUUUGUUUAUCACUAUAUAUUGAUCCUUAGGCUGCACGUUUCUACAAUUGUUUUUUUUUUAUCAUUUUAUUUCUUGCAAUUGAGAUCACUUUUUUCCUCCAGUUAAUGCAUCAUAGUAGACAUUGUUUUCUUCCAAUUUGGAAUGUUCUCUUUUCUGUUAAGAGACACUUCACUCAGUCAUUAACCAUUAAAUAACAAGAUUAAAAUGUUCCAUUUAGAACUGACAAAUUUCUGUGACACGUGAAAAUUACAGGCCAGUUAUUACAUGAGUAGACGGCCGUAUCAACGCCACACACCUGCAGCUGCUGUGACCUCCCUCUCUCUUUCACACACAGACUAGUGCGUAGAUUUAUACUUUAGUUGUGCGAGAGUUUGUCACCAUUGCCAUAGUUGCUCUGAUGCAAAUUAGAUUAAACUAACAUUAAUAGGCAGGUCUUCCUCACUGAGACUGUGGUUCAGUUUGGUCACUGUAAGACCUGCAGAGUGCAUGCAUGUUUUUUUACGUUUACAACUGAUCACAGUUAUGAACAUCCCAACCAUUUACAAAUAUGUUAAUCUUUUUAUUUAACGCUAACAAUAAUUUAAUAGCUUCUGUCUCACUUAUCCACGCUCUUACUUGCUCUGUGCUAUUUUCUGCUGCUCUUCAUCACAUAGGGUAAUGCUGCAUUGUUAAUGGUUUCGCUUAUUUAGAUGCUUUUGAUUUCUCGAGAUGCAGCGGAAUUGUCAUUUCCAGUUUAGAUCGCAUAUAAGUUUUAUUUUUUAAAUUGUGCAGUCCUAAUUGAUCAGUAAUUAUUAUAAAAUAAUUGCUAGUCGCAGCCAUGGUUAUUUCAGGGCUGGAACUAGUGUUUUUUUUGUAAAUUGUCUCUAGGUUAGCAUUAUGAUUUAUUUUCUCUUUGGUGCUACUUUUUAUUUCUGUGUAACUGUGUUGGUAGAUGAUGGUGGCAGCAUUAACCUUGACAGGUCAGUUCACGUCACUAACACUUUUACCUGUAGCCUGUUUCAGUUGUGAACUUUUUUGUUACAAACAUUAGGUGCCUUAACAAAGAGCAUUUGACACAUUUAGACCAAAUUUGUGAAUUAGUCAAUGAGUGAAAAUGCAAAGCCAUCUGCCCCUGAAACACUGACACAGUUAAACACUUAUAAACUGUCAGUCCUUCUGUAUAUUAUUUAAUGUUGUGUGGAUAUGGAUGAACUGCCCAACACAUCAAGGGAUCAACAGAUUGAGUGUUAACCCAGGUUUCUUGUGUUAAUAUGUACUGUUCAUAUCACCAGCUAAUCACCGUCUGACCCUGGCUCAGUGUGCCCCCUCCCCUUGUCGGACGUCUCCAUCCUACACUGUUACUGUUCCAGGUGUAACGUCUGUGUGCUCUUUGUCCAAUAGACGCUGUCCAGAUUAAUAAUUUGAUUCAAAAAAGAAAAAAAAGAAAAGGCAAAACAAAUGUGAAUAGAUUGCGGACAUUUUAGCGUCUUGCGUGGGUAGUGGGAAACAUGUAAAAAGAAUUAAAGUGGGUGGUGCAUAUAUUGUCCAAUAUGUAAAUCAUGUGAACACAUCUUGUACUUAUUUAACAAUUUUGAAUACUUGAAAACUAUAUAAAGUUUCUUUGUGACUCUUUGUUUCCUGA